GGACCGGAAGUGCUCUUGGUGGCGGCGCGGACGCCAUUUUAGCUCAUUCAUCUUCACGGGCGGUGAGAUUUCCUGAUCAAUACGGAAAUAAACGGAAAUAAAGAUGGUUAAGAUCUUUGUUGGCAACCUAUCCUCGAGCACGACCACGGAAGAUCUGCGCUCGCUUUUUUCUCAAUACGGCAAAGUAAAAGAAUGUGACGUCCUGAAAAAUUAUGGCUUUGUACACAUGGACGGUAAGCAGGAUGCCGAAGAGGCUAUUCGCAAACUGCACCAUCAUGAGCUGAAAGGUCAACCUAUAAAUGUGGAGAUGAGCAAAGGGAAACCAAGGGGCUCAACCAAGCUGCACGUGAGCAACAUCGGCAGUAACUGCACCAACCAACUGCUCCGGGACUUGUUUGAAAAAUAUGGUCCUGUUGUUGAGUGUGACAUAGUGAAAGACUAUGCCUUUGUACACAUGGAGCGAAUGGAGGAUGCCAUGGAGGCCAUCAGUGAGCUGGAAAACACAAACUUCCAAGGCAACCUGAUCAAAGUGCAACUAUCCACGAGUCGUCUCCGCACGAUACCCGGCAUGGGAGACCAAACUGGCUGUUAUGUCUGUGGAGAGCAGGGCCACUGGUCCAAAGAUUGCAGACGUGGUCAGAAUGGUAGCUAUGGUGGAUCGGGGGGAUUCCAUGGCAAUAGAGGCCCCCCGAGGGGUGGGCCAAAUUAUGGCAUGAGUGGCCCUGGAGGUCCUCCUAGCCGAGGCUACCCAGCAGGGCCACACCCCCCUCCCCCACCUAUGAGCCGACGUCCCAGCUAUGGCGAGUAUGGCGCAGAUGCUCGAGAUCGGUUCCCCAGCAGGCCGCCGAGCACCUAUCCAGAGAGGCCGCCCGCAUAUGAUCGAGAUCGUUACGGAGGCAUCGAUUUCUACGAGAAGUAUCGGGCUCGUCCGGUUGGCUCUAGCCCUUUUGCGGAUAGGCCUCUCUCUAUCCCCCCUCCUCCCCCUCCCCCUUCUUCUUCUCUCUCAAGGAUGCGGUUGGCUCCUCCCAGCCUUGAUCCCUAUGAACGACGUCCUCUGGCGCCCCCACCUCCCACAGCAUCGGCAUACUUCUCGCGGGACCGUAGCCCAAUCAGGCGUGUGGGCACGGGUUCGGAAGGCUACUUGUAUGAGCGUACGCGACUUUCCCCGGUCUCGAGGAGCUCCUCAUCGUACCCCGUGCCGCGAACCAGGGACAACUACACCGAGCGGGUUCGAUACGCAUACUAAGCCACACACAUGCUAAGGUGUUUUCAAGUGAUACAGCUUUCUUUCCACCUAUAUGACCUUUUGAUCAAAAAUGACCCAAGAUGCUGCGCCGGAUUUAAAAGAUGGAGAAUUGAAAAGACACUUGAUCACAAUGCUUAUUCGAUCUGCUGAAUAUUUUACACACAUACAGUUUAAUAUUCCCUUUCCCAUAAAGUCUAUUUUUUGUCAUCUGUGCAUAAGUUAGUGUUUUGUAGAUGGGUUUUGCCUCCAGUAUCCAGAGGUAAGGUAAAAUAUCUGAUGUCAGCAUCAUUUUUAAGAUUUAUUAAUUGCAAAUAACCAUACUCGAGUGAGGCUUACUUUUUUUCUCUAGUCUACUUGUGAUCCAUUAUUUACUUUUUUUUUAUGUAAAGACUAUAUCUCCAGCUGUUAGGUCUGCUUGCCACUAAACAUUUUGACUUUGUAAUUACAAAUAAAGGGAUAGUUCACCACAAAAAAAGAAACUUCUGUCAUUUACUCAUCCUCACGUUGUUACAAACCUGUAUACAUUUCUUUGAUGAACCCGAAAAUAUUUUUUGAAGAAUGUUUGUAAUCAAACUGAUCAGGGGGCCCCAUUUCGUAAUUUUUGGUUUUUACUGUGAAAGUCAAUGGUGCCUCUGACCAGUUUGGGUACAAUCAAACAUUCCUCAAAAUGUCUUCCUUAGUGUUCAUCACAACAAAUACAUCAAUAAAGGUUUGUAACAACGUGAGGGGGAGUAAAUUAGGACAGGACUUAAAUUUUUGUGUGAACUACCCUUUAAGUUUUGUGAGGACAAUCUGGUUAUGUUUUUUUUUUUUUUGGUGAUUGUGUAUUUGGGGAAGUGGCCAUUUGUAAUUGAAUCCUACAGCUGCAAAAUGCUUUAAUGAAAAAUAAAUUCAAAUCCAACAUUCCAACUUCAUAUCUACUACAGGUGAUUGGUUUUAUUGAAAUGUAAAAAAUAUUCAAGAGUUGAGUUUCUCAUCUGCUCAAAGAUUCUUGUCAUUAAUUUGGUGGUUGUAUCUAUUUGGUACAGUUAAAGGUGGGGCAACUUCUUAUACUUUAAGGUUUUGUGUAAAAUUUAGACGUUUGGUUGAAAUUAAUUUGACUUUUUUGUUACUGCCUGUACUUCUAGAUGUGAUUUCAUUCACAACGUAAAAAUGUUGGGCCGUUAAUGUGGUAUGGGUAAACAUUUUGUACCCUAUCUGGUUUGGACCUGAUUUUUCUGUUUGUGCGUACCACUGACUGUUUAUGGCAGGGGAUUUUACAUUGUAUAAGGCACCUGGAUGUGUGAAGACGGAAAUAUGGACUGUACGUGAGAGUGAAUUAGGAACGUGCAGACCGACUCUCACUCAGGGCUUUAUUCACCUUUCGAGACUGCUGACAUUUAUUAGCGUUUCUUCUUUAUGGGUGCCUUGGGAAGCUCUGUGAAAUGUUUAUAAAUUUGAUUUUCUGUAGUUUGUACAUUUCCUACAGAAGUCAGGAGUGUGUUUUAUGAAUUAUCUUUUGUAAUAAACCAAUAUUUUGGUGACAAA